AGUAUUUCGCACCGCGGACACAUGACGGCGACAGCAAUUGCUAGAGAAAUGUUCCUACGCCCGGCGCGCAAUUGCACACGUUCAAUUAACACUUCAGCUCGCGCAAUAUCGGCCCGACAGCCAUUAUACGCACCAAACGAAGCUUUCCGCAAUCGGCAAAACACGUUUCCUAAAUUUUCGAGCAACCAGUCAUACACCAUCAAACGCUCGAUAGCCACCUUCCCGCCUCACCUUCAACAACUCGGCUCCUCUGAACGGAUCUCAACAUCCAAAAUGGCAGGCGACGAUCACUACCUCACGCUGUCAUGUCCCGACAAAGCCGGCAUCGUCUACGCUGUCACGGGCCUGUUGGCAAAAGAGAACCUCACCAUCCUGGACCUGCAGCAAUUCUCCGACCCAGACUCAAAGACCUUCUUCAUGCGCGUGCAUUUCGGCCAUGCGUCUGAACUCACCGCGCUCCAGGACUCCAUGUCCAAGCUAGCCUCAGAGAUGAAAAUGGACUACCAGAUCCGCCGCGUGGACGCAAAGCCCAAGGUCCUCAUCAUGGUAUCCAAAAUCGGCCACUGUUUAAACGACCUGUUAUUCCGCGUCAAAUCCGGACAAUUGAAGAUCGAUGUGCCCGUCAUCGUCUCCAACCACCCCGAGUUCGCCGACAUGGCCAAGUCACAUGGCAUUGAAUUCCACCACCUACCCGUUACCAAGGACACCAAAGUGCAGCAGGAGACGCAGAUUCUGGACCUGGUUGCCAAGCACAAUAUCGACCUUGUUGUCCUGGCGCGUUACAUGCAAGUCCUCUCGCCGCGCCUGUGCACGGAAAUGUCCGGCAAGAUUAUCAAUAUCCACCACUCCUUCCUUCCCAGCUUCAAGGGCGCGAAGCCGUAUCAUCAGGCGUAUGAGCGUGGUGUCAAGAUCAUUGGCGCGUCGGCGCAUUUCGUGACUGCGGAUUUGGACGAGGGCCCAAUUAUCGAGCAACGCGUUGCGAGGGUAGAUCAUGCGCUUAAUGCGAAGGAACUAGUUGAGGAGGGCAGCAACGUGGAGAGCCAGGUUCUUGCUGCUGCUGUCAAGUGGUGGAGUGAGAAGAGGGUGUUUUUGAAUGGCGCAAAGACCGUGGUGUUCAAUUAGAUGGCAGGUCGGCCGGCAAGAAAAGCAAAGAAAGAGCCUCGAUGUUAUUUGACCAGUCUCUUCUGUUCCUUUUCGUCUUAGACUUUGGCUUUCUUUGAGAGAGCCAUGUUAUUAUCAUUGGCUAAUUGCAGACAGCUCCCAAGAUAAGAAGUUGAUACGGAAGGUUAGGCAGAUUAGAAUUCCUGUACAUAGCUCGAUUCAAAAACAGAAAUUUAAACUACAACCGAGGUACAGGACUCGUGAUCCUAUCAACUGCCUACUCACAUUA